UACCCACCCUGUGGUGGACCCUUUUCUCCUGGAUGCAUUUGUGACACUCUUUUCUUGAUCCUGAAAUUCCUGGCCAUUAAAGGAAGUUUUGCAUCUGGCAGAAGUAACAUUGAAGAACCUUUAAGCUGGCUCUUAAUGCUGUUACCUUCUAUAUGUGAGAGGCAAGUUGCUUAGACCUGCUGUGCUGCUCUCCCGCUCUUUCCCUCAGACAGGCUUCCGGUUUAUUUAGACUACUACACACAUAAAGGAAAUGUUAACAUAACCACUGUUAUUACAAAUUACUUUGUCCAGUUACAAAAUUCACCCCACAGCUGCUUAUUGCCCUAAAAUUGCUGGCUCCUGCUAUGGUUAACUCUUGGUCACUCAACAGAAUUGAGUUGCUCUUUCCCUCCCCUGGAGCUGCCCAUUCUGAAGAAUUUGCUGUGAAAGCACAGUUCCUUGCUUGUCCUAGAGGUCUCCAGAGGAAACAAUACCUUUGAACAUUAAAAAAAAUAAUGAGAUAAAGACCUCUCUUUUCUCUUGGUCUGCACAGGAUAAAAAGAAGUAAAGAAUCAAAGAAAAGAAUCUGCCUUUUCUCACUGCAGGUCACUGCAAUCAGAUCUUUGAAUCACUGAUGCACUACAAUGACAGGGGCACUGGAUCGUCCUAUACAGGAGCUCUGUGAUUUUUCACUGCACAUUUAUAUAUUAAGGUGAUACUCUUGGGCCCAGGAUCCUUGUUAUCCUUUGUGCAACAUAAUUCUAAGGAACUAUUCCCUCUCCUGGUUAUGGUUAGUAUUUUCUUCUCAGUGCAGUAUGUUGAAUAGUUACUACAGCAUUAAUGCUGCUUCUCUUCUGCAAUUGUGUUCAAAAGUUGGGGCUCAGGUGAGAUGGAGGCAGUAUCUGCUGCUCUCCCCUCUUCACCCUCUCCCUUAAUGUCACUCUGAGAUGGGCUUUGGUGCUGCUCAGGACAUACCCUAUCUGGGACCAAAGGCCAGUCAAAGCCAGGGUAAGAGUUAAGUAACAAACUGCUGAGUUUGUUGACUCUCCAAUCUAGUGAUCAAUAGUGACUUUAAUCAGGGACCUGCAUCUAUAAUCUCUCUAAUACCAAAUGCAGCCUGUGAGCUUGAGGCAGGCUGUCUGCGUUUCCUCAAUUUAAGAUGCUUUGCAAGCGCCUGUGACCAUACAAAAUGAAGUGAGCCUAUGUCCUGUGCUGUGAUUUAGCCUGUGGCAAGUUCCCAGGCUUCUAAUCUCUAGAAAUAAGAAAGGACUGUGUGACUGCACUGUGUUGCUUCUGAAUAACUGCAUUGGGAAGAGCUGACAGUUAGCAAGUACAGCAUCAAAAUCAAUACAUGUAGGAUGGCACAGGUUAAAACACAAGCAGAUGCUUCACAGCAUGUGUCUUUAUUGGUUAUACCCCAAAACUCCAGAUGCUUUACCAGGUACAAUGCAGGCAGUUUUUCCCCAUAUCCUAAUCAUGGAUGGAAGGCAGGGUGCAGGAAAGAACAAUCUGAUGCUAAUGUAUCUUCCUGUGGGCAUUAAUAAAAACAGGGGGUCUUUUGGAGGACUGUAUUUCUGCAGGGAUGGAUGGUUUCAAGAGAGGAGCAAGGACCUAAGGAACCAGAAUAAAAAGCUUGCAGUGGGAAUACUAAACAGCAGAUGAAUGGAGACUUGUGUGAGCUGUGUGACAUAUUCCUGUGUACUUCUUCUAUGGCUGAGAAGGAGCUUGUACCAAAGAAGCUGGGCAGAGGCUGUGCUUGCCACAUCUCCAAGAUGUAACAAGGCAUGGAGGCAGGCAAAAUUCUAUGUUCUAGCUUUGAUCAGCAAUGGCCCUUUAAGGCUGAGCAGGACGUGCAGCAUGGACACUGCCCAGCUGAGCCCAGCAGCCACGUGAACUGUGUGUGAUGGGCAGUGCCAGGCUGGUACAGAAAGAGCCUCCCGAUGGCAGAGGGAAUCUGAUAGAAAUUAUUGCUCCCACCCUGUCUGCUCCCCUUUUCCUUGGGACAAAUGAGAAGAACCUUUCUCCCAGAGCAAGAUUUUGGGGUACAUGUCAGGGUAAGAGAUGCCUGACAGUAAAACUUCCAGCUCGCCCUGAUUUCUGCCUGGGAUGCUGCAAUGUCAAGUGAAAUAACCUUCCAAGCUGGCUCUAGUGCAGAGGUAUUUUGCUUUAUGUUAUUGCUAGGAGCUUUCUCUCUGAGCUCUCUCUGCUUCUCUGUGUUCCUGAUCUCUGGCUCUUCGCUCAUUUUUUUUUCCUUGGGCUGGGAGGUGUGCUGUCUGCAAUGCAUCAGGAAGUAAUACACAAUGAGGGAACUCUCAUCAUCUGUGCAUCAGGGGGAGAUUUACUGACUGAGUGCUGAGCAGUCAAGUUAUUGAUUCAAACCAUAGCCCGGUCUCUCUGUCUGCCGCUUGGAGUGGCUGGUUACGUCCUUCUGGUUCACUGCAUUUAAUCGGAUUCCCUGAGCUGCCACGCAGAGGGGGAGAGUUAGAAUCAGAUCCAUCUAUGAUGUUUGCUUCAAAAUCCAGUUCUGUAUCCCCUUCUCCAUCCAUGGAGCAGGCAGAUUCCGAUGCUCUGGACAUCAGCACCAAAGUACAGCUUUAUGGUGUGCUCUGGAAGAGACCCUUUGGGAGGCAGUCAGCCAAAUGGUCCAGGAGGUUCUUCAUCAUUAAGGAAAGUUUCCUGCUCUACUACGCUGAGAGUGAGAAGAAGAGUUUUGAAAGCAAUAAAUACUUCAAUAUCCACCCCAAGGGUGUCAUACCCUUGGGAGGCUGCGUCGUGGAGCCCAAAGAAGAGCCCAACAUGCCUUAUGCCAUAAAGAUCUCUCAUGAAGACUUCCACGGUAACAUUGUUCUAGCAGCCGAAUCAGAGUUUGAGCAGGCUCAGUGGCUGGAGAUGCUACAGGAGUCUGGAAAAGUGACCUGGAAGAAUGCUCAGCUGGGAGAAGCCAUGAUUGAGAGCCUGGAAGCACAAGGACUGCAGCUGGCCAAGGAGAAGCAGGAAUAUUUAGAUAAGCUAAUGGAAGAAACAGAAGAGCUGUGCCUGCAGAGGGAGCAAAAAGAGGAGCUCGAGCGUCUGAACCAGGUGUUGGAAGCAGAGAAGCACCGGUUUGAAGAGGUGGUACGGGAGCUGCGGCUGGAGCAGGAACAGAUUAGACGGGAGCUAGAGCUCACAGCCCGCUCCCUUAAAGGAGUGGAGGAAGAAAAGAAAGAGUUGCGAAGCCUGACACAGUCCUUACAGAAAACUCUAGAGGAGCUAUCCCUAGAAAAGCAGCAAAUGCUGGAGAUGCUGGAAGAAAAUGAGAGCCAUCUCCCACCUCCAACUAGCCCCAGGAAGGAGCAAAACCCCAUCAGGGGACUGCAUUGCAACCUGCAACAGAUUGAAGAGAAGAUGCAGCAACUUCUGGAGGAGAAACUCUUGGCAGAGAAGAGGAUGAAGGAGAAUGAGGAGAGGUCCCGAGCACUGGAGGAGGAGCGGGAGUUUUACUCUUCCCAAUCACAAGCAUUGCAGAACUCACUCACAGAGCUGACUGCAGAGAAGCAGCAGACAGAGAGAGACCUCAAGGCUGAGGUGAAGGUGCGCAUGGAUCUGGAGAAGAGACUGAGAGAAGCUGAGGAAGCAUUGCAGAGCUUGGAGCAAGGCUUAAACUCCCUGGAUUGCAACAAGGAGAAAGAGGAAAAGAUGAAAGCAGAUGUCAGUAACUUGAGAAAGUUCUUUGAAGAGUGCAUCCGCAAUGCUGAGCUGGAGGCCAAGAUGCCUGUGAUCAUGAAGAACUCUGUGUACAUCCAAAAGGCUGCCACUCGUCGCAUAAAGAGCUGCCGCUUCCACCGCCGGAGAGCCAGUGCUUCGUGGAAUGACUUGAAGCAAUCCCAGUCCUUCAUCUUCUCGCACGCAGAAGCUGAAAACAUUGAGGAGCUGAAAGAAGCAGCCAAAAGACUGAGCCGGGACCAGCACUUCAGGGAAACUCUCUAUCAGAUCAUGAGGUCGCAACAGGAUUCUGCUUCAGGGGAUGAAAAGUGACUCUUGCUGGGAGGGGUUUUCUGAUCUCAGUUUGCCGUUCAGCUCUGCAAAAGUUAUGCCACUGGGCACUAGGGUCACAGGGGAGAUUUGCCUUUUGGUGGGAAAAGUGGGGGAAAGUUGUGAGUAGGCAAUUCCCUCAGGUAGUGGCUUUGCUUUAGUUUGAAUGCUCCUGUAGCCUGGCAGACCUCUGCUGGUCACUCCAGAUCUGUUUGCUUCAGCCGCUUAUGUUAAGCCAUGACUUGCCAAGACACCACGGUCGGUGUUAUACUGAACCACAGACUGUAGCUUAGGAAGUGCCUCUUCUUUCCUUUCGUGUCUGGUCUGUCUGCCAAACACAAGUGCUUCUGAGAAAGCCCUUUAUCAGCCAGCACUCCAACUAGUGUAGCCUCCCCAGCCAGACACCGCUUACCCUGUUCUGCCUGAUCCCCCCCAGGAAAUGGCUCGCUGCACACCCCCAGUCAGCUUUGGUGAGGCACAUUCCCUGGAAAGUUUGCUGAAGACUGCAGCAGUCCCAGCCUCCCAAGCACAGGCAAUAAUAUCACACGCAGGGCAGCCUCCUGAUGCUACACCCUUUCAAGCAAAUGGUUACAACACAAGGUGAAGACAACCUGAGGAUGCUGAGGAUUUGGCUCCGAGGAGGAUCAUGUGCAGAGAGUUUAUAGGUAACUCAGUGGCAUCAAUGCAAGCUGGAGGGGUGAUGUGUUGUGUUGACUGUGGGCAAAACAUCCUGGGGCCACGUUUGCACUUGUUUUAUACUGGGAUGUGUGGCUGUGUCACUGCUGGAAGGAGGAACAAAGGUAUGUGCUGCAGAUGUUGUUUGUGGGCAGGUUCAGUGUGGAGGAGCCUUUGAUUUGGCUCCAAUGACUUCCUCACCACCUCUGUAAAACAAGCUGGAGGACAGGUGGGUGAAAAGUGUCCAGCAACAAACCCCAUGACUGCUUGGAGAAUCAGUCACUGUGAGCAGAGAGCUGUCAGGUCUAUGGAGGUGGGGAAAAUAAUCUCUAUGUGCUGCAGUGAAUAGCCUGUGUCCAAGACAUUGUACUGCUCUCUACCAGCCCUCUUGAUUGCAAUUUAGGCUAUCUUGGUCAAACUGGGAUCUCUGACAAGCCAAGGCUGCACUGGGAGAGGAGCCGUGGACAGCCUAUUCAGAGGUGGGCCUCUGGCUGGCCUGUGUUCUCCUUCUGAGUGCUCACUAUGUGGUUAUUGCAGUGAAGGAUUUGCCCUCAGUGUGGUCAUUAUGUAUGUUACAGGAGAGGGAUCCCUUUGUGGUGGAAACCUUGCAGCUUCUCCCACCUAUUUUAAGCAAGUAGCUGACUAAUAAUUACCCUUGCUGUAGCAACAGCACUGCCUGGUGCUUACAGAGCACUUGACAAGCACACUCAGUGAUGCUGUUAUCCCCAUGGUAUACAUUGGGAAACAAAGGAAUAAACAAUUCAUAUGUGAAUAAAGUUAGCAACAGAGGUACAGUUGGGACUCAGGGGGUCUUGUGUGCAGAUUUUCUGGGGCUUUCAGGGCUGUGCCACUCAUCAGUAUUGCUGGGUAUUACAUAGGUUCAGUAACACUGGUGUAGCUGCUUACCUCUCCCAUGCAGGCUGGGACACUGUCCAGUCCCAGGCUUUGUAUUCUGUCUGCCUAAGUUCUUUCCCUAAAGGUUCAGUGCUGUUUCUAGGGAGAAGUCAGAGAUAAGGCUGAUGGGAGGGGAGCCCUGGCUUCCCAGUCAGAGGAGAAGCCUGAUGCUGGGUGGAGGAACAUAUUGAGAGGAUGUGAUGCUCCUGGAGGGCAUCACUCUGGUGUGAUCAGAGGAAAAGCACUGAAAGCACAGCCUGUAUUUUCCAUUUCAGGCAGUUAGCAACCAGUAUCCUUCUGUGAGGCAAUGGGAGGUUUUAUACAGUCAGAGGGUCCAGCCCUGAAAGCUGACAUUUUUGUGAUGUCAGGUAAUGCGAUAGGAAAAGAGAAUUUAUAUCCCUCCUUAGCAUACCUGAUGCUUCUGUGAUUUUAUUUUUUUUUCCCACUCGUGCUUGCUUGUUAGAAAGCCACAAAUGAAUUCUUGCUCCUACAAGGCUUAACGGCUCAGAGAAAGCAAUACAGAGCUGGUUUUCCCCUUUACUUUGUCAUCACAUUAUCUCUGGCUGUUUUACAGUUAGAAGGUCUAUAUUAUGUGAUGCUGGAAGGGACAGAGGAAAGGACAGCCAGGGAGUGUAUCUGUUAUUCAGGCAGUUAGGAAAAUCACCCUGUGGCUUGUCAAUGCAGCACCAUUGAUCUAUUAUCAUCAAAAGCCACAAUAUCAGUCUUUACAAAAGUAUUGUACUCAGGAGGUAGCCACAUCAGGUCUUCCUUUACUGUACAUAUGGACAGCAAUAAAUAAAUAAAAGUUAUGCUGACACUA